UCUGCGCAGGAACACACACUCAGGACUCCAUGAGGACCUUUACAGGUUGCCAGGAUGCGAUGGAAUUUCCCCGUUUUACCUUCAAUCCGAAGGAAGGGAUUGAUAAUCCAGCUCUGGUCAUCAGUGAUGAUCCUGAGCCUGAUCCGAGCCCGGUGCCCACACUCUGCCAGCUGAAGCGCCUGGAGGGGCAAAGCUUCGGCUUCUACCUGCGGACGGACAAGAGCAGCCGGAGCUUUGAGAUCAGAGACGUGGACCCCUGGAGUCCUGCAGGGCAUAGUGGCCUCAAGGAUGGAGACCGAGUGCUGGAGGUCAACGAGGAAUAUGUGGACAACACGGACUUCUCCAGGAUUGUGAGGAAGAUCCAGUCAUGCGGCUUCCACCUGUUCCUCCUGGUGUUGAGGAGGGAAGAGUACGAACAGGCGGUGUCUAUGGGUGGGGACCUACAGAUGCUGGCGAGGGCCUCUAAAGGGGAGCGCUGGUCCAGAACCAGACUGUGUCACAUCAGCAGACACCCGGACUAUGGCCUGGGAAUGACCAUCGUCUCAGUGGAAGGUCAAAAGGGCCAGUAUACUGUGAGCACAGUGACUGGCGGUCCAGCAGAGAGAGCGGGAGUCUGCUAUGGAGACAGACUGAUGUGGAUCAACGGGGUCCGGGUGUCAACACUCACACACUCCACUCUCAACAGAACCUUGAAGAAGAGUGGGGACUCAGUGACGGUGCUGGUGAUAGACCCUGACAGCGAGUCUUGUAAUGUCCGGAGGAAGAUGCCCACCCUGCCUGUGGCGGCAGAGUGCUGUGGCCUGCCCUACACCACCAAAACCUUGCAUCUGGUUAAAGACCAAAACGGAUACGGCUUCCUGCUGAGACAAGAGAAGCUGGGGGGAGCACGACGGAUAGUUCACAUGCUGAGGGAGAUUGAUGUGGGGAGUCCAGCUGAGGGGGCAGGGAUGGAGGAUGGAGACCUCCUGCUGGCUGUCAAUGGGAAACCUAUCGAGUCUAUGGAGCAUGAGGACAUCGUCAAAGAGGUUAGACAGAGCGGGGAGGCAGUCAUCCUCACCACGAUAUCUAUACCAGGAAGAGACUUCUACAGAGAGAUAGGAAUUUCUCCGUUGUUGUUCUAUGACGAAUGUUCAGUCAAGGAUAACAGGCAGCGGGCUGUCUCACACUGCACGAAGAACCAGGGUGAAACCCAGCUGAAACAUGGAGAUGGAAGUCCAACAUAUCCAACAGAGUGUGUCCCGGGUCAGUCAGGAACUUUACCCACACAGCUGCCAGAGAGAACAAGUGAUGUUUUCUUGUGAUUGGAAUGCAUGGAACAACUAUGACCUCAGGAGACAGGAAGAAGAGCUUCCGACAUUGUUCUAAUUUUCUCCUGGGACCGGUGUUGGGCCCAUGUUUUUGUGAUAAUGACAUUGUAUGAAUUGAUUUCUUAAUCCUCUGAAGUCCAAAUGUACUUUUUGAUUUAUAUACUUUUGUUAAUUAUAAGCAAUGGUCAUGUUUUUGAGUGAAGACUACUGCAUGAUAUAAGCUGUGAACUGUCUUUAAAAUAAUGAGCAUGAUAUAUGGUAAAUGGACUGGCAUUUAUUAAACGACCACUCAAAGCACUUUACAACACUAGCCAGCAUUUACCCAUUCACACACACACAAACACACACACACACACACACACACACACACACACACACACA